CCCGGAGUUGUCUCGAGGCUGAAGUGAUUCUUCAAAGUUCUUGCUUUUUUAUUCUCCUUGCAGGAUCAUGAAGCUGAUCAUCCUGAAUGACUAUGACCAGGCCAGCGAGUGGGCUGCAAAGUACAUAAGAAACAAGAUUUUACAGUUUAAACCUGGACCUGACAAGUAUUUCACAUUAGGACUCCCCACAGGAGGUACCCCUUUAGGUUGUUACAUGAAACUGAUUGAAUACUACAAAAGUGYAGAACUCUCGUUCCAAUAUGUGAAGACUUUCAACAUGGAUGAAUAUGUAGGACUUCCCAGAAACCACCCAGAGAGCUACCACUCUUUCAUGUGGAAUAACCUCUUCAAGCACAUAGACAUAAGAGCAGAGAACACCCACAUCCUCGAUGGGAACGCCGCUGACCUCCAGGCCGAGUGUGAUGCCUUUGAGGAGAAGAUAAAAGCUGCUGGAGGGAUUGAGCUGUUUGUUGGAGGUAUUGGACCUGAUGGCCACAUUGCCUUUAACGAGCCUGGUUCCAGCUUGGUUUCCAGAACCAGGUUAAAGACUCUCGCAAAGGACACCAUCAUGGCCAACGCUCGAUUCUUCGAUGGAGAUCUUUCAAAAGUGCCCACCAUGGCUCUGACUGUUGGAGUGGGCACGGUCAUGGAUGCAAAGGAG